AUGAAGAGCUCUUUGUUGCUGUGCGUGGCCUUGGCUGUCUCCUUGGGGUUCAUCCUUGUGGCAGGUUAUCCAUGGGACUCUGAUGACAAAGAGUACGUGCUGGUCAAUAACAAGUGUCAGUGUGUAACAGUGACCUCAAAGUUCGUCCCCUCCAAAGAAAAUCCUGGUGAAGAAAUCCUGGAGAGAAACAUACGCAUCGUAGUCCCCCUGAAGGCUCGAGAGAAUAUCUCUGACCCCACAUCCCCACUCAGAACCACUUUUGUCUACCGCAUGACGGAACUCUGCAAAAGAUGCGAUCCCGUAGAAAUUGAGCUGGGUGGUGAGAUAUACCAGGCCCAGCAGAGCACCUCCUGCAAUGAACCUGAAACCUGCUAUACCUACAACAGGGACAAAUGCUACACCACAACCUUCCCAUUCCUCUACCAUGGGGAGACGAAACACGUUCAAGCAGUUCUGACACCGGCAUCCUGCUACGCGGAUUAG